AGCCAGAAAAACUAUGCCAAAUCGAUCAAAUGAGCGUUGGUUUGUCAUCAUAACGUUGGCUUCGUGGAACUUAAUCAGUGGUUUCGGGUUCUACGCCUACAUUCUGGAUUGUUACGUAAACUAUCCACCUGAGCACCCGAAAAGGAAGUUCAAAUACCACACUUUUCCCGGAACUAUUGACUAUGAUGUUGUUAUUGGAAUUACUGUCGUCAUGCUUUUCCUGAUAUUAUCCUCGAUAUUGUUGUGCUUGGCAUUAAAUGAGUCCAGGAGGAAAUGUUUCAUCUACGGAAUUUGUAUUAGCAUGACUUUUCCGUGUUUCUGCCUUCCAAUUUGGCCUUUAGCUGUAACACAUGUCACUCUGGUUUUGAUUGCCCUUAGUUACUAUUUCGGUUAAUAUUACAAAAUUAAGUUGAG